AUGGUCAUCAUCACCCUCUCUUCGAGUGAAGAUGUCUUUCCCGCGCGCAGCAUCAAGCUCUCCGCUCUCUUGGCGUCGUGUGGCGACGUGGCGAUCCAGUACAGCAUCCUGGAGGCACUCCUGCGCUGGCUGCUGCCGCGCCAGGACAAGGUGGUGCGGAUGGAAGCCGCCACCAGGUGGUUCCCCGACCACCUGUUCUCCAGGGCGGCGGUGGACGUGUUCCUAGAGAGGCUCUGGCACGACUUCUUCCAGGACGCGAGAGAUUUCAUCAACGUGCACAACGCUUCGGGCGAUUUAGUUACGUCGGUUGUAUGCAAGGGACUAUCCGUCGGCUCGACUGUUGUGAUUGCGGGCGGCGGGAGUAGGGCCCACUGGUUGGACCUGAACGCAGCUACCGGGCGGCUCUCGGUGACCCUGGAGCCAAGCGCUAUGGAGACCCUCGGCGGGGAGUGGACCGGCGGCUGCGGCACGCUCGUCCUCACAGAGGCUUCCGCGGUCGAGGUCAAGUUAUACAGAGAGGUGUCGGAUGUAGUGGUGUCGGUGGUGAGCUCGCGGCCGCCGCUGGUGGUGCCGUCGCUGGUGGGGGUGGUGCUGGACGGUGACCAUCGCGUGCUGCUCGCCAUCAGCAUCAGCGAUGCGGCGAGGCUCGAUAAGGCGCUGCGCGAGCUCUUCGCUGAUAAAUACCAGGUUUCUUUUGACAUUGCUAGCGUUGGUGCCGUUUCGCCGAGGGACAUGCGUCCUCAUCGGAACCGUGAUGGGAACGAAGUAGAAAAAAGAUUUUCGUGUUCCGUCGAGCCCAGAAGAAAGCGUCACGCGGGAUACAUCGUAAAGCCGAAAAUUAGCGGGGGUUUGGCUUCGCCCUCAACGGCGUCCACUUCCUCACUAGCGCAGCUCCACGAUAAGUUGGCAGCACUGCCGAGGUACGACUAUGAGAAAGAGCCCGUAAGCGUUUGCGCUCGCCCUCAGCUGUCCAGCGUAACCGAAGUGAGCGAGACGGACGAUCGCCAGAGCCUCAACGUCAGUUUCAGCGCGGUCAAACCUAGGCCCUACGGCGUAUGCCACAAGAGCUCAUCCUCGAAGGCCCACGUCGACGGGGGAAAGGGACAGGCUAACACCAAAUGCCUAUCGCCAGUCGCGGCUGAGGAGGGCAAUUCGGUCAGUUGUCUUCUCGUUGCGACGAUCGGUUCAGCCGAUGAGUCCGUAAUAAACGACACACUGGAACGUUUCCCGCAAAGCAAAGACGGUAACGCCGACAAUAUACUAGAUUUGCUCGUUCUAGAGGCAUUUCAGAGUAAGAACGGCAGUAAAAAAGUCAAGGCCACCAAUAUAGAGAGUAACAAAGCCGCACCUUCUAAUCCCGUUGAGGAGCCCGCAGAAGACGCUUUGAGAGGGAAUCCCAAAGGAAAAGCUUGCACCGUUGUCAGCAACUCUUCAUAUACGGAGGAUUCCAACACGGAUGUGGUAGAAGGCACGCAAUUCAGCCACGUCAACGUUGACAGGAGGAGGAAUAGGGAUAACAGCGGGUUGCCAUGGAAACGGGACGCUGCGGCCGCCCCAGUAAAAACUUUCGACGAGAGGGCGGUGGAAGAGUUCUUCACACAGCACUUCGCGGAGAACAUUAACGGGGAAGUGGUGAUAAGUCCGACCCUGGCGAAGAAGAUAAACGAAACCAGCUCCGAAACUAGCGAAGAGUUCGACGCUUGUGAACGGGAGGCCGAUCUCGAAACCAGCCAACGAGCUGUACCCGACGCGGAAGUUAUAGAAUGCGUCAAUUUUAUAUUGGAUAGGAUUUGUAACGAGUUCAGAAAGUGCCCGGAGGUAAUGAGCACUUGUAUUGAGAUUGCCGACAAAGGGGCUGACAAUAAUAGUCAUACAGCCGAAGCCAUAAAAUCUCCCACACAGGUUAACGUCGAAUUAAAGACUCCAAAAGCGAGAGCCAAGAAGGCCACUAAGGGUAUCAAAUUAAAAUUCACUUCUAUCAAGAACACUCGAACUACGAGACAGAGAAGUAAACUGGAGUUGGUAGAACGAACUAAGGAGAUAAACAAGGUCGAUAGCAAAAUCCAAGACAGACGCACUCCGAUUAUUACGGAUAGUAAAGUUGAAAAUAGCAAAAUGGAUACACCGAUCGUUCGGAGGAAACGUAAACUCUACUCGCCGAAAGACGAAAGGUGCAACGAGAAAUGCGCCGAAGACAACGUCACAACUAACGCUGCACCCGAGGUCAGCAUCAUACGAGAGAAAGAAACCUGUAACAUACUA